UCGUCGGACUCGGGAGGGCUAAGCUGGUAGGUACGGACUCUCCCUCUCCCGCUGUCAAGCCACGCCGCCGCCGCCACUCCUGCCGCCGACGACGAUGGGAACAACCGCCUCACCCGCCACCACGGCCACCCCUUCGUCCUUCCUCUCAUCGCCGUCCGUCUCCCUCAGGGCGUCGAAGUCGAGCCACCUCCGGCCGACGAGGAGGCUGCCCGUCCAUGUACGCUGCGUAAGCAGCCCUCCGGCCGCCGAUACAGCUUACACCACCAAGGUUUCGCGGAAUGCGAACAUAGCCAAGCUCCAAGCAGGCUAUUUGUUUCCAGAGAUUGCCAGGAGGAGAGCUGCCCAUCUGCUCAAGAAUCCUGAUGCCAAAAUCAUAAGCUUGGGGAUCGGUGACACAACGGAGCCCAUUCCUGAGGUCAUAACAAACGCCAUGGCAGAGAGAGCACAUGCUUUAUCCACAGUAGAGGGCUACAGUGGUUAUGGAGCUGAACAAGGUGAAAAGAAACUAAGGGCAGCAAUUGCUGCAACCUACUAUGCGGAUCUUGGUAUUGAAGAAACAGAUAUAUUUGUCUCUGAUGGUGCAAAAUGUGACAUUUCUCGUCUACAGGUUCUUUUUGGAUCUAAUGUGACGGUUGCAGUCCAAGACCCAUCCUAUCCCGCUUAUGUUGAUUCAAGUGUUAUCAUGGGGCAAACUGACUUAUAUCAGCAGGAUGUUCAGAAGUAUGGAAAUAUUCAAUACAUGAAAUGCAGUCCUGAAAAUGGAUUUUUCCCUGAUCUCUCAAAUGUCGCACGGACAGAUAUAAUAUUCUUUUGUUCACCCAACAAUCCUACUGGUGCUGCUGCAUCUAGGGAGCAGCUAACACAGCUAGUGAAAUUUGCGAAGGACAAUGGGUCCAUAAUAGUCUAUGAUUCUGCUUAUGCCAUGUAUAUAUCAGAUGACAGCCCAAAGUCCAUUUUUGAAAUUCCUGGAGCAAAGGAGGUUGCCCUUGAGACGGCAUCUUUCUCCAAAUAUGCUGGAUUCACCGGUGUCCGUCUGGGUUGGACCGUGGUCCCUAAGGAGCUCCUUUUCUCUGAUGGACAUCCAGUUGCUAAAGACUUCAACCGCAUAGUAUGCACUUCCUUCAAUGGCGCAUCAACCCUCUCUCAAGCCGGUGGUUUGGGCUGUCUCUCUCCAGAGGGUCUAAAGGCUAUGCAAGACGUUGUCGGGUUCUACAAGGAGAAUACCAAGAUCAUUGUUGACACAUUUACGGAGCUCGGAUUCAACGUCUAUGGUGCCAAGAAUGCUCCCUACGUGUGGGUGCACUUCCCUGGCCGUAAUUCUUGGGAUGUCUUCGCCGAGAUCCUUGAGAAGGCAAAUGUGGUUACUACUCCGGGCAGUGGAUUUGGGCCUGGCGGUGAGGGCUUCGUGAGGGUCAGCGCGUUUGGCCACAGAGAAAACAUUAUUGAAGCCGCGAGAAGACUGAAGCAGCUAUACAAAUGAGCGUUGAUUCAGCUGAUGCCCUCUGUUGCUGGGGAGCCCAUAGCAAUAAGAAACCCAGCAGCAAUUUGAACAUGAGAUUUGCCCCUGGGCUACUGGCAAGUGUUAGAAUUUGUUUUGAACUCUGUAGGGUGUUGUUUUUUGCUACUCUAGCUGUUACUCCAUUCAUAACCAUUUAAUACUCAGAAAAUUUGCUUGUUGAA